AAUACCUGGUAUUGAUAAUGAUGUAAAUGUAAUAUAAUUAGGACAGAUGAUUAAUUUCCGUGUUCAGGGGUGGGGACGCGCCGCCUGUAGUCGCCUGAGAGCCGCAGAUCUGCAGACGCUCAUGAGGACCAAACACACUCGGAACGACGCAGAUGCUCUCUAGCGCCACCUUCAGAUCAUCAUGACACCAAACCCCUCGGUCCUGCUCCUGCUCACAACACUGCUGGACACACACCUCUGUUGCGGUGAGGACGUGCUCCUGGCGGCGGAUAUCCCAGAAUCCUCUGCUGACCUGAGCGUGACGCGCAAGCAGAUCCUCUCGGCUCAGUUUGAGUGUUACCUGAAGAUCAUGUACGAUCCGCCGCGCAGAGACCCGGGCCCAUACUGUAACCGCACCUGGGAUGGUUGGCUCUGUUGGGCAGACUCUGCCCCCGGCACCGCCAUCCAGCUCUGCCCCACCUACUUCCAGGACUUUGAUCCAAACGAGAAAGUGACCAAAGUGUGUGACUCGGAGGGUCAGUGGUUUCGUCAUCCGGAAAGCAACCGUCUGUGGUCCAAUUACACACAGUGCUCAGCGUACACUAAACAGAGACUCGAGCUCAUGGUAGUGAAUUACUAUCUGGUGAUGGUGGGACACGGGCUGUCCAUCAUAUCGCUGCUCAUCUCCAUCUGCAUCUUCUCAUACUUCAAGUGUUUGAGCUGCCAGCGAAUCACUCUUCAUAAAAACAUGUUCACCUCCUUCAUCCUGAACUCGUUCGCCACCAUCGCCUGGUUCUACUUCGUCAUCGGAGAUCAGCAGAGCAAAACGGAUUCGUCUCAGAUCGGCUGUAAGCUGUUGGCCAAUAUCAUGCAGUACACGUCCUGCUCCAACUAUUUCUGGAUGCUGUGUGAGGGCAUCUAUCUGCACACGCUCAUCAUCGUGGCCGUGUUCGUGGGAGAGCAGCAGCUGGGCUGGUAUUACAUCCUCGGCUGGGGUUUCCCAGUGAUCCCUGCUGUCCUGCACGCCGUGGCCCGUCUGCUCUUCCACGAUGACAAGUGUUGGAUCAUGAACACAAGCCUGCUGUACAUCAUACACAUCCCUAUACAAGUCGCUCUGCUGGUGAACCUGUUCUUCCUGCUGAACAUCGUGCGGGUGUUGAUCACUAAACUGCGGGUCACUCACCGCACCGAGACUAACGUCUACAUGAAGGCGGUCCGCGCCACCAUCAUCCUGGUUCCUCUGCUGGGCGCUCAGUUCAUCCUGGUGCCGCUGGGACCCAGCGGACGCCUCUCUCGGGCCAUCUACGAGCUCUUCAUGAACAUCUUUGCGCAUUUCCAGGGUCUACUGGUGGCCGUAAUCUUCUGCUUCUGCAAUGGAGAGGUACAGUCGGCGCUGCGGCGUAAGUUUGCGCAGUAUGGCUGUCAGUGGAAGUGCCGGCGUCUGGUGACCACUGACUCUCACUGUAACUACCACACCAACUCCAUCACCGAGACCAGCCGCGUCACCAUCGGCCUCGAGCACGGCCCCGACAACACGAGCGGCACCGUACAUGCAGUCAACGGCCAGAGCAACGGCAGCGUCUGCUCCAGCAACGGGCCCAAGAGCUGCGACGUCCUCGAGUCCACGGAAAUAUGACCGUCUGUCUCAUCAUGUGCACACAAUAUAACCAACACUACAUAGCACUCCCAGCUAACACACAUUCUAAGAACAGUUUGCUAACAUUUAUAUUAAAUCUGCAAUCUGUAAGUUUUGCCUUUUUGUCGCCAUCUCUGUUUGAAACCAGCAAUUGCAGUUAUUUGCGCAAUUAUCUUUUUUACGUGGGUUGUGCUCCGGCACGGCUCCAGCGCAGAUGAAUCCAAUGCAUUGAGGUGAAUGUGUGGCUGUCGGCCACCGGUGUGGAUAUUUACUGUACUUUGCAAUCACAGAUUCUAGCCUGCGUCUUGGAAUAUAUGACCCAAAUAAGAAUUUUCACCGUAUAUUGUCAUCUGAAGAAGUAAGUAACAAGUCUGCCAAGUUUGUUCUGACCAACUGAGGGAAAAAAAGCAUUACAAUAAAUCGCACUACCAAUGGUGAUUUAAUAUAAAGAUCGGUUAGCUCAUAUCACAUCAAACCAUGCAAAGUAUUAUUAUUGUUAUACUUUAUUCUCAAAUUAUUGAUGUUAACAACAUCAGCAUUGUUUGACUAUGCACUGUAAAAAAUUCCGUAAAAUUUACGGUAAAAAAACGGAAGCUGUGGUUGCCAGAAUUCUACCAUUAAAAAAUACAGUAGCAACAUUUUAGGUUUUACAGUUUUAACUUAAAUUUACAGUAUUUUAUUAACUGAUAUAAUGUUAAUAUACCAACCUAUUGAAGUACUGAAAUCUGUUUUGUACCUUUGUAAUACACUGAUAACCACUAAAUGCAGGUGAUGAGAAAGUCACAUGAUGAACCAAAGCCCAUCACAAGCAGCUUUAAAUAAUAACGUAUAUAGAAGGUGCACAGUGUCAUUCACACAAACACUAAACACCAUCAUGGUGAGAGUCAUUCAACUGAAAUAUGCAAUAAACAUUAAUUUAACAACAUCAGAUGUACCAUACAACCAUAAUAAACAUAACUGAUAAGAAAAAACUAAGAAACAUAGUUAUUUCAAAGAAAAAAACAUCCAAUUUGAAAUGCAAUGCAGGGAAUUCUGGGAACGUCAAUUUACGUUUUUUUCCUGUAUAUUUUACAUUCUUUUUCACUUCCAAAAACAGUAUUUCACCGUAAAAUUGUCUGAAAUGUCUAUUACAGAAUUUCACCAUAUAUAUUAGGGGAACUUACCGUUAACCAUUUAACGGGUUUUUACUGUAGCAUUUUCACAGUUUUUUACCGUUCAAAUCACGGUAUUUUUUUUACAGUGUGUGUAUAGUCCGUUUAAAAAAAAUUUUAAAUGUCAGAAGAACGUCCAUCUAAAAUGUUUAAGAAAAGCGUUCCAUAAACAAUGUAUAAAUAAUGUCUUUUGUCCUAACAUUUGGGAAUGUUAUUUAAAAGCAGACAACUCAGAACGAACGUGUUACUAGAAGAAUAUUAGUUCGUAACUUUGUGAAAACCAGCAAGUUAGCUAAAGUUCUGAGAACGUUCCCUGUUAGCUGGGUUGUACUUCUGUAAUGUACCGUAUGACGAGUUAAAGAGUUAAUUGUUUUUGUUAUGGAUUAAUACAUGUAUUGGUGUUUUGUAUGUACUUUUAAACACUUUGUAGCCUAUUUGUACAUUUAAACACAUUAGUCUGACUGUAAAGUUGCUGUUGUUCUCAUUUAUUCAGUCUAAACUGAUCACGUAUUUAUAUUUCAAUAUAAAUGGAAGGACUGUGUAUGUGUUCAUAUGGAGAAACAAACAGAUAUUUCGCUUGUCCGUCUUCCGCCGCUCCGUGUCGUGUACCAUAUGCGAACUAAUUAGUGGACUUGUUGGUAUUAUCAUCCAAUACUGUAGCAGAUGUUAGGUAAACUUGUUUUGGAUAUGUGGUUAUUGCCAGGAGUGGACUUAACCAAUAAGCAAGGUAAUCAGCCGCUUAGGGCCCCGGGGAAUCAGGGGGCCCAAUCUGAUACUGGCAAAACAUAUUUGCCAAAUGCUCCAGUGUGUAUUUGUGUUCUGGAGAGUCUCAAAUGUUGGCUCAUCUCUCAAAACGCAUAGUUUUUGUCAAACGCUGAGUUCUGCAAGCUUGCGAAUCCUCUCAUUAUAACAAUGUGUAGAUAUGAUGUAAAGAAGAGAUUCAUUGUGCAGAGUAGAGAGCUUCACUGAUUAAUGGAAGUGAACGACAGGCAAGAUUACACAGCCUAGAAAAUGUGGAGAGAGUCAUUAAAAGCUUUUAGUGAUUAUAGAGGGAGCGCUCUUUGUGCACUUUCUAGGCUGUAAAAUCCUGUCUGUCUCAGAACGGAUACACUAACCUCAGAGAAGAAAGUAUCAUGACGUGUCAUGACAGUUUUGUGUCAUGAUUUUAUUCGUCUUGAUGUUUCAAAAUGACUCACUUGUGUGCUUUUCCUGGGCGCUCUGGCGUAAACUGCCACGCACUCGUAUAAAUGCACGCAUGCAAUGACUGGAGAUUUUUGCUUAAUAUUAGAUUACAUUUUACGAUUUGUUUCUCGGCAAAUCCUUUUGUAUGCCUUUGGAACACUUGGAAUAUGGAAUGCGUUGCAUGGGAUAAUUUUAUGACCUUUGAAUCCUUUUUGUAAAAAGAUUGAAGAAGGUUACAAGGACAAGUGUAAGCAUUUUUUUAUAAUGUCUUCAUUUGUGAUCGAAAAAAAAAAAGGUAUAGCCUAAUAUGACUUUAGAAGAGCAUCAGGUUGACUAAAUUAUUUACUUAAAUUGUGAAGGGGUAAAUUAUAAACUACGAGAGAGAGUGCGAGCAAAAUAAGGGUUAGGCAUAAAAGAACACAUAGUUGUUGUGUUGGGGCCCCAUAUACCUGAAAUUUGCUUGGGGCCCCCGAAUCACUAAGUCCGCCCCUGGUUAUUACUAGGGUAGUGCACUAAGUAGUGCGCAUGUGCUCUCGGGAGGCUUGCACAUUUCAACUGUGCGCGAGAUUGAGUGGAAAGCGGAAUAUACCAGGACUUUUUGUAUGUAUAAAGAUAUGAUGUUGUAAAUAAGCUGUUGUAUAGCUAAGCACUUGUGUUUUUCACUGAAUGUAUCUGUUUCAUUUAUGUGUCUGUGUUUUUAUGAUUUACUUUUUGUGGUUAUUAUGGGAAAACGUGAAGAGACAACAUUCCACUUUGACUUGUUAAUAUCGGAAUAUCACUAUUUGUGUAAUGAAUGCAGUGAAACUCAAUUAAAGUACUUGCAUUUGAA